AUGGCUUUGAGGCUGAGCUGGAAAGUAUUUCCCACGAAUGGCUGCAGUCAUUUUCUGAGGGCUGUGAGAAGCAGUGGUGUCCGCUUGUUUCCCUGGAGCCACCACCCUUGGAGAGAACCUGGAAGCGUUUUGGACCCUGAACUGAAAGCUUUCCUGGAGGAGAACACUGAGGUGACCAGCAGUGGCAGCCUCACUCCUGAAAUCCAUUUGAGACUUUUAACUCCCAGAUGCAAGUUCUGGUGGGAACGAGCUGACCUGUGGCCCUACAGUGAUCCUUACUGGGCUAUCUACUGGCCAGGAGGCCAAGCCCUGUCUAGGUAUCUUUUGGAUAAUCCUGACAUUGUCAGAGGAAAAUCGGUGUUAGACCUUGGGAGUGGAUGUGGAGCUACAGCUAUUGCUGCUAAAAUGAGUGGAGCAUCAAGGAUCUUGGCCAAUGACAUAGACCCAAUUGCAGGAAUCGCCAUUGCUCUAAACUGUGAAUUGAACCAGGUGAAUCCUUUCCCCAUUUUAACCAGCAACAUUUUGGACUUGGAACAAGAUAAGUGGGACCUUGUUGUUCUUGGGGAUAUGUUUUAUGAUGAAAGCCUUGCAGAUAGUCUUCAUCGAUGGCUGAAGAAAUGCUUUUGGACCCACAAAACUCAAAUACUGAUUGGUGACCCUGGGCGACCCCAGUUCAGUGAACAUAGCAUUCAGAAUCAACUACGCAAAGUGGUAGAAUAUUCACUCCCAGAGGCUACCAGACAGGAAAACAAUGGACUGACAACAAGCACAGUGUGGGAUUUUCAGCCUUGA